CACCACGCCUGGCCAAAUUUUUAAAAAUUUAUUAUUAUUAUUAUUUUUUGAGACAGAGUCUCACUUUGUUGCCCAGGCCGGAAUGCAGUGGUGCAGUCUCAGCUCACUGCAACGUUCACCUCCCAGGUUCAAGCGAUUGUCCUGCCUCAGUCUCCUGAGUAGCUGGGACUAUAGGUGUGCACCAUCCCGCCCGACUAUGUUUUGUAAUUUUAGUAUAGAUGGGGUUUCACCAUGUUGGCCAGGCUGGUCUUGGAACUCCUGACCUCAGGUGAUCUGCCUGUCUCGGCCUCCCAAAGUGCUGGGAUUACAGGCAUGAGCCAUUGCGCCCGGCAUGUAGUAAGUUUUGAAACCAGGAAGUGUGGGACCUCCAACUUCUUUUUCAAGAUUGUUUUGUCCAUUUGGGGUCUUAGCCCAUUUAUGCUUAGUGUUUCAUUAUUGGGUUGCUAAGCUUGUGGGAGUUAUUGAUAUCCUACUGUUCAAGGUCAUCACCAAGGUCUGAUUUUUCACAGAAAAAAAUUUGCAACCUCGGGCAUAAAUGGGUUAAUAUAGUUUUUAAUGGUAAAGCUUUAGAAGUGUUACCAUGAAAAUGAAGAACGGAAAAAUGUUUUCUAUGAUUAUUAUUUCAUGUUUUAUUCAAUGCAGUAAAAUGUAAAACAAAUGAGGUAUAAAUUAUAGAAAGGAAGAUAAAACCUUGUUAUUUACAAAUGCUAUGAUUUUAUACCUAGACAACUAAAUGGAAAGGAACAAACUGGGCCACGUGCAGUGGCUCAUGGCUAUAAUCCCAGCACUUUGGGAGUCUGAGGUGGGCGGAUCACUUGAAGGCAGGAGUUCCAGACCAGCAUGGCCAACAUGGUGAAACCCCUUCUCUACUAAAAAUACAAAAAAAUUAGCCAGGUGUGGUGGUGUGUGCUUGUAAUCCCAACUACGUGGGAGGCUGAGGCGGGAGAAUUGCUUGAAUCUGGGAGGUAGGGGUUGCAGUGAGCUGAUAUCACAUCUUUGCACUCCAGCCUGGGCUACAGAGCGAGACUCCAUCUCCAAAAAAAAAAAAAAGAAAGAAAGAAAGGAAAAGACUGAAAAUGAUUAAGAAGAACAAUUCAGUAAAGUGACUGGCUAAAUAAAAACCAUGAAAAUUAAUAAUUUCUGUAUAUCAGCAGUAACAUAAAAAUAGGAAAAAUUGCUUUUAAAAUUAAGUAAUAAACAUGUUUUUAUUUUACUUGUAACUGUUUUGUUUUGAGACAAGGUCUUGGCUCUGUCACCCAGGCUGGAGUGCAAUGUGCAGUGGCGCGAUCUUGGCUCACUGCAACCUCUGCUUCUCGGGCUCAAGCGAUCUGCCCACCUCAACCUCCAAGUAGCUGGCACCACAGGUGCACACCACCAUGCCUUGCUAAUUUUUUGUAUUUUUGGUAGAGAUGGGGUUUCACCAUGUUGGCCAGGCUGGUCUCUAACUCCUGAGCUCAAGGGAUCCACCCACCUUGGCCUCCCAGAGUGCUGGGAUUAUACGAGUGAGCCACUGCUCCCAGCCUGUUUUGAGUUAAUUUUUAUGUUGAUGUGAAGGAAGGGUACAACUUCAUUGUUUUGCCUGUGGCUAUCUACUCCUGGCACCAUUUGCUGAAAAGACUAUUCUUUCCCUCAUUGAAUUGUGUUGGCACCCUUGUCAAAAAUCAUUUGACCACAAUUAUGGAUUUAUUCCUGGACUCUCAGUUCUAUUCCAUUGAUCUAACCUUAUGCUAGUACUGUACUGUCUUGAUUACUGUGGCUUUGUUUUUAGGUGAUGAAGUAUGAGCCUUCCUACUUUUUCAGGAUUGGUUCCUAGCAAUUCCAUAUGCAUGUUAGAAUUUGCCUACCAAUUUCUACAAAGAAGUCAGCUGGGGCUGGGUGCGGUGGCUCACAUCUUUAAUCCCAGCACUUUGGGAGGUGGAGGCGGGUGGAUCACCUGAGGUCAGGGGUUCAAGACCAGCCUGGCCAACAUGGCGAAACAAUAAUAAAUUAUUAUUGUUUAUAAUAUAAAAUUAUUUCUUCCUCUUGAUGCUUCUGUGUAUGGAAUUAUUUUCUUCAUUUUCAGAUUGCUCAUUGCAAGUAUUAAAAAAUGGAUUUUUGUCUAUCAGUCUUGUAUUCUACAACCUUGCUGAACUAGUCAGUUAUAAAAGGAAGGCUCCUUGUGGCUGUUUUAUGCCCUGGGUCUCUCCUACAAACUAGCCAGUCUAUAGUCUAGGCUGUAUCUUCAUUACAUCCAGGAACCUCUUUCCACUUGCCUAGUACCACAACCCCUAUUGUUUUUGGGAACACCCUUAGACUGAAACUUGUCACACUCUUGCAAGUGAAGUUAGGUCCUUUGAGAUACUCUGUGUUCCUGCUUCUUCCCUUAGGCAAAGUAUCUGAGCCAGGGUUCUAGCGGUAAACUAGGUGGGGACAAUGGCAAGCUUUUCUGUGAAUGCUACCCCAGCGCUAGGAGGGUAUGGGUCAGGUCAGCAGCCUGGGGUCCUCUUGGCUUGUCUCUCCUGUUGUGGAACCACUGUCCCAUGAGCUGGUAGAAAGGGUCGUUGGAUUCCCAGUAUUCUCAGUGUGUCAUGCCUAUGAAAGAGCCCCUUUUCCACAAGUAGGGAUUGAGCAGAAGAAGGGAGCCCCUGCCUCUGAGAGUACUUGCCUGAGACAGCCUCAGCAACAGAAAAGUCAGGGCAAGAUGAGAAACGCUGAAGUCGCAUUCUUCCCAGGAAUAAAGAGAGCCCUCAGGGAUGGGCGCGGUGGCUCACAACUGUAAUCCCAGCACUUUGGGAGGUCGAGACAGGCGGAUCACCUCAGGUCAGGAGAUCGAGACCAGCCCGGCCAACAUGGUGAAACCCCAUCUUUACUAAAAAUACAAAAAUCAGCCGGGCGUGGUGGUGGGCACCUGUAAUCCCAGCUACUCGAGAGGCUGAGGUGGGAGAAUCACUUGAACCCAGGAGGCAGAGGUUGCAGUGAGCCGAGAUCACGCCAUUGCAUUCCAGCCGGGGUGACAACAGUGAAACUCUGUCUAAAAAAAAAAAAAAAUCAUCAGGCUGCUUCUUCAGUUUUGCUAUCCUCUUAGGAUUAAAAUUUAUUUAUUUAUGAUUUUUUUUUUCGUUCAGGGACCACUUAAUAGUGAGUCUUCCAACCAGAGCUUGUGUAGCGUCAGAUCCUUGAGUGAUAAAGGAGUAGAGGUAUUUAACAGACUCCCGAGAAAAAGCAGAAUGACCAGCGAAAUCGGAAAAGAAAAGCUGAACCAUAUGAAACUAGCCAAGGGAAAGGCACUCCUAGGGGACAUAAAAUUAGUGAUUACUUUGAGUUUGCUGGGGGAAGCGGGCCAGGAACCAGCCCUGGCAGAAGUGUUCCACCAGUUGCACGAUCCUCACCGCAACAUUCCUUAUCCAAUCCCUUACCACGACGAGUAGCACAGCCCCUCUAUGGUUUAGAUGGCAGUGCUGCAAAGGAGGCAACAGAGGAGCAGUCUGCUCUGCCAAUCCUCACGUCAGUGAUGCUAGCAAAACCUCGGCUUGACACAGAGCAGCUGGCGCAAAGGAGAGCUGGCCUCCGCUUCACUUUUGUUUCAGCUCAGCAAAACAGUCCCUCAUCUACGGGAUCUGGCAACACAGAGCAUUCCUGCAGCUCCCAAAAACAGAUCUCCAUCCAGCACAGACAGACCCAGUCCAACCUCACAAUAGAAAAAAUAUCUGCACUAGAAAACAGUAAGAAUUCUGACCUAGAGAAGAGGGAGGAAAGAAUAGAUGAUUUAUUAAGAGCCAACUGUGAUUUGAGACGGCAGAUUGAUGAACAGCAAAAGAUGCUAGAGAAAUACAAGGAACGAUUAAAUAGAUGUGUGACAAUGAGCAAGAAACUCCUUAUAGAAAAGAUGAUGAUUAUUCCCCACCUUCUAAGAGACAAAGACCAACGAGCCACCACAGCCACCAGUCCCAGAACCCACCAAUGCUGGGAAACGGAAAAUGAGGGAGUUCAACUCUGGCCCUCACAAUCCAGUGGAGGAGACGAAACUCAUCUGCCUCUGUCCCUCUGGGCACGCCUCAUGCCAGGUGCAUCUGUGGACAGGGGCCAUGCUCCUGGGCUUCCAAAGUUGGAGAAAGCUGCCAGGCUCAGGUCUGAAGGCCAGAAUUCUACAGUAAGUCCUACUGAGUCAAGGUGGGAGCAGGGUCGGUGGCUUCCGAGGCUCUGCGGGAGAAUCCGUUUCCUGGCCGUGGUGGUGGCCUGCACUCCUCCGCUUGUGCUGCCCGUCUCGAAUGACUGGAGUUUCCUGCUUCUGUCACUACACCUCCCACCCUCUCCAUCACCUGCUCUGCUCUUAUAAGGAUCCGA